CAUUCUUUCAUUAGUUACAAUAUGUAGAUAAGCAAAUCUAUAGCAGUGAGAGUAUAAACAGUUCAUUGUCCGUAAGAAGAAAUUAGCAAAUGGUGAAAAUAACAACGAUCCCGAAUGGGAAAUAAAGUGACAGCUGUUAAAGAAACUAUAAAGAAAUGGAACCCGUUCAGGAAUCCGUGGGACGAUUUGAAUGAUAUAGAGGCUGACAGGAAAUGGCUGAGAGAAAAUCCCUACGUACCCCCACCUGUGAGGAUUUUGAACAGAGACGCUUGGGGUGCGAAAAAACCAAAAUGGCGGCAAAAGCUGAAAACACCAGUGACCCAUUAUGUGCUACGGUACUUCAGUGACACAGAUUAUUGUUGGAACGACAUGGAAUGUAUUAGAACUCUGAAGCAGCUGCAAGAGGAACAUUUGAAAAUGGGCAUGCCCGACAUAGCGUGGAACUUCAUGAUUGGCUGCGAUGGCACAGUGUACGAAGGCAGAGGGUGGGAGACGAAUGCCACAAAGACUGAUUAUGGAACCUUGCAGUAUGAUGGACAAACCAUAGAUGUUGCACUCAUGGGGGAUUUCAACGAUUAUCAACCGACAGAGGAGAUGAACACAGCGAUGUGUCGAUUGAUGAGGAAGGGGGUGGAGCUGGGGUUCGCCACGGAGGGCUGGGAUUUUACAGAAGUUUGUGACGUUCCUCCCCACGCCCCUUGGACACCCGAGUAUUUCAUGAAGAAUGACGUGGUCAGUGAAAGAAUAUACGACGAGAACACAGAACCUCCACCGAAAUGACUCCAAGGACUUUGUGACUUAGAGACCACGAACGAUUGAAUUACUUCAGAAUGUAUUCCAAGGAUAGUGAAUUUAAUAGUUGUUGGUUUACUGUGUAUAUCUUUCGUGUCGUCAAAUAUAUCUUAGGAGUAAGUAUAAGAGUAUAGUGUAGCUGAUAAGUUUUGAAGGCAAAUGUAGACGACAAAGGAUAUACUUUAAUCAGGUAAUCUGAAUGCCAAUGUCUAUACAUUGUCUUAUAUGAAUCAGACAAAGUCUGAAAAUCCCCUAUAUACUACUAACUCUAUUGAACGGCUUUUGGCACUCCAGGUAGAGUAUAAAUAAGCAGUUGUAGGACUUUUUUGGACUUCUGAUUCAAUGUUUGGCAUUAACUAAUAUAAUCCUAAGUAAACUAGCCUAAUAUAGUCAUACACAAAAUAUUUCAACAUUGUAAAAAAAUUGUAUUGUGAGGAAUAUAUUGAUUUAAUAUUAAUAUUUUA